AUGGGUCAAUCUCAAAGUCUAUCUACAGAAGUCGAGAUUCAGGCGCCGCCGGAUGCCGUCCGGGCCACAUUCUUUGACUUCCCUCGAUACAAGCAAUGGUGCAAAUGGACAAUUGACCCCGUGGAAUCAGGAAAGAAGGCAUCCGAAUUGAAGGCAAAUGAACGCAUCAAGGUCAAUUUGGAUGGAAUGGCUUUCAGUCCGGUGGUGAAAGAAAAUUCAGCAGACUGUUUCUCGUGGGAGGGAUCACUGUGGGGAGUCUUCACAGGAAAGCAUCAGUUCUAUUUCUCUCCGAGCACGAAGAACCCAGGAGGUACAACGGCAGUGCAGGUAGAGGACUUCCAAGGACCAUUGGUCUUUCUAAUGGCACCAGGGUGGAGUUUCAGGCAGAAGACUCUUGAUAACUGGGAUGCAUUCUUUGAGGAUCUGAAGAAGGAAGCCGAGCAGUCCUCACCAUAA